UGGUCAUGGUCAUUCCGAGGUUAACAAGCUUUUGAUGUUAUUUAAAAAUAUUUCCUUUUUUUCAUUCCUUUGUUCCGACAUACAAUAAGAGGAGCACGAGUUUAUUCAGGUCUAUUGAGACGAGCGAAUCGCACGGUAUUAACGUCUAUGAAGUGGGAGAAUGAGAAGGAGACGAUAUGUGGUGGGGAGAGACACAUGCUCGACGCCCAUAAAAACCGAAUGCCGUCCGUAGGAUGCCACACUCCACAGUCAGUUCUACUCAGUUCCACGAGGAAUUGGCUAUUCCUCUGAGAAAGAAGCAUCUCGUCGUGUAUCAGGACUAUCAGGCAACAGUCCGAUAGAUCAUCGCUCGAGUAAACCGUCCACGUGCGUUCGCCAUUUAAGCAGAAUGCCGGGCCAACUGGAGGAGACCAAGGGCAAGCGUGCCACCUUCGGCAUGGGCUGCUUCUGGGCGGGGGAUUCUCUCUUCGGAGCGCUGCCUGGCGUUAUCAGAACCUGUGUCGGCUACGCCGGUGGCACCAAGGAAUCUCCAGCUUACAAAAACAUAGGGGACCAUACGGAGGUCGUCAGUAUCGAAUAUGAUCCAGAACUAGUGUCUUACACCCAUCUGUUGAGCUUGUUUUGGAGCAAUCACGAGUAUAGUCUAACGAGGAAGAUUAAGAGACAGUACAUGUCACUGAUCUUAUAUCAUGACGAAGAGCAAAGGUUGCUAGCUGAAAAAUCUCGUGAACAGGAGCAACGAAAGCGCGGGGAAGUCUUCGUCACAGAAAUUAAGAAGUUUGCGAAGUUUCAUCCAGCCGAAGAUUACCACCAGAAGUAUCGACUGCAGAAUCAUCCGUGGCUGAUCGAAACAUCGGGCCUUACCACGGAGAUCUUGUGCACCUCUCCGCUGGCAGCGAAAUUGAACGGCUACAUCGCAGGUGCAGGCACCAUCGAUCAAUUUGAGAGAGAGUUACCGAACUUAGGACUGACUGAAAAAUCGGCGCAAUACAUAACGAAGUACAUUAGCGAGAAUCAGGGCAGUGGUUUGUACUGCUAACAGUAUAAUGCUAAUAGUACAAUGUGAAAAAUGGAAAGGAGAUUUUUUUUUUUAAUAGACGUAGGCUGGACAUAUAUUCGAUUUCUUCGCCAAGAGGUCGAGAACCGCCCGCACAGCCUGAUACAUAACACUGCGUAUACCGGAGUAUCACAAAUGCCUUAAAUAUUCUAUGCGGAUAUUUUUUAUAUCAAAUUAUUUGUAAUAUUUAAUACCGCGGUUGUAUUUAUGCGUCCGCAUCGUAAUGUAUAAAAAAUCCCGCAACUCACGCGCGCUCGACUGUAAUUUUAAUAGUGUGCAAAUUUUAAUAAUACCGAGACUUGGAAUUUGGAAUCAAAUUUUCCUAGCAAAAACGUUCAACUAUUGAUCGUUUCUGUACCAUUUUAUAACAUCAAUUCGUUCUUAAAAAAAAUAAACUAAAUCGACAAGAAUUGUACUCUUAUAAUUAAUAUUUUUACUACAAAGGAUGUAAGAGAUGUUGAUUUUUAUUACAUGUAUUUUAUUAGUCAAAAAUAUAUGGAUUUAUAAUGUAAUAUGACUUGUCGAAAGUAUUCACUGCAUGCACAUGUAUGCGAGAAGCUAUCUUAAUUUGAAAUAUAGGUAGACUGGAAUAUAUUUUUGUCAUCUACAUGUGACAAACAAGCUCUAUUUCAGACUCUUUUUUAGUUACUCGAAAUUGAGGAGCUAUUCGUCGUGGUGGGUAGCGACUGUGUUUAUAGAUUAUAAACUUAUACACGACUUGAAGGGUUCGGUUCGGGGCCGCUAGGGACGCGCAACAGUCGCUACCCAUGACGAUU